AUGCUGAUUUCUGAGUCGAUUGAUAAGCCAAAAAUGGCUGAUUUCUCACCUACGACAAACCACCCUCUCUACUACACCAUGGCUUCAAAUUCAGAAAUUCCGAUGUUGCCUGGUACUGAGCAGGCACUUUACACCUGCCUAUCAUGCUCCAUUGCAUUCUUCUCGGCAGAGGACCAGAGAGUUCACUACAAGAGUGACCAUCAUAGGUACAACAUGAAGCGCCGGGUUGCGAACCUCCCGCCCGUCAGUGCUCAGGCAUUUGACCAGAAAGUUUUGGAGAGACGAGCCGAAACAGCAGUCAUGGCAUCACCCAAGGGUACCAGCUGCCAAGUUUGCAACAAAUCAUUCGCAACCGAGAACUCGUACCGUUCGCAUAUUGCAUCACGCAAGCACAAAGACAACGAACUCAAGGCAGCUGCAAAAGCCCGCGCUCCUCCCGCGGACGAGACUAUGAAGGACGCUCAAGAGACACCAAAGCCGGAGGAAAGGCCCAAAGAAACAACCAUUUCCUUGACUGUCCCUGAAGACGCCACGGAAGAGGAGAUUGAGGCCACCAUUGAUGCCAAAAUUGCGGCGGCUCGCUCGAAACUUUCGCCCGCAUCAUGUUUGUUCUGUCCACAUAUCUCAGACUCGAUCGAUACCAACCUAGAGCACAUGUCCUCCGUCCAUUCGUUCUUCAUCCCCGAUGCCGAGUACCUGAUUGAUCUACAAGGCCUCAUUGCGUACCUAGGCGAGAAGAUCGCGGUCGGAAACUUAUGCAUCGCUUGUCCUUCUCGAGAGUUCCGUUCCAUUGAUGCAGUCCGAAAACACAUGACUGAUAAGGGACAUUGCAAGAUCGGCUAUGAACAAGAGUCACAGAGGCUCGAAGUUUCAGAUUUCUACGACUUUUCAGCCAGUUAUCCGGAUGCUGUGGCUAGAAAGAAAAGGAGGGCGGCGCGGGCUGCGAAGCGUGCGCAAAGACAAGCGGCGGAACAGGCUGAGGGAUGGGAGGAUAUGGAUGAGGACGAGGACGAGGGCGGAGAUAAUAUGGAGGUUGAUGAGGUCAUUGACGAAUCUGGCACCGAGUCCGACUCUGACUCCGAUACUUCAACGUUGGAUGAUAAUACCUUGUCUUUUGGCGACACUCCCUACGAACUUGUCUUGCCCUCAGGAGCUCGAAUAGGUCAUCGGAGCUUGCGAAGAUAUUACAACCAGGCCCCAUCACGCGCCGUCCUUGCUCCUCGACCCGGCACUGCGGACGAUGACAACUCGGGUGCAGCACUGGUCCGCCGACUUAUUGCAGAUAAAAACUCGGCUCUCGUACCUACCAAGGGCGGUUUUGGCGCCUAUGGCUCUGGGACCGAAGUUGUCAAGGCUCGCAACCGAGGUGAGGCACGAGAGGCGGGCCGGCACAUUCGCGAGUUCCGCGAACAAAACCGCCGUGAGCAGUUCAAGACCAAGGUUGGUUUCGUGCACAAUAACCAGAAACACUUCCGGGAUCCCCUCCUGCAAUAG